CACAUCCGGCGCGCCGACGACGGCGACGACGACGACGACGACACAGACAGAGAGCAAAGCGCGUGCGGUUUUUCGCGCCAGUUAACGAGUCGCCGCCAUAUCUGCUACCCACUCCUAUAGCCUUUGCCGCUGCGAUUGCCAGCGUCUAACGAACAAUAUAUGGCGCGAGGGACACACGAUUGAGCUCGCGUUUGAUGGACUGUUCGAUUGCACUCAAGUUCGCUUGGGGCGCGAGUUUGAUUGUUUUACAAAGUGGUGCGCGAGUUUGUGUGUGGCUAUACGUCCGGCUGGCUUUGCCCGUGUACACGCGUGCAAUAGAGUUCGGUCGAGUCGAGCUUCUGGCAGAGGCAUGGAACUCCAUUGUUGGCUGCGCAGAUGAAUUGACACUGCGAGAUCCGACGGCAAGACGGAGCGAGGCAUGAAUUGUAAUCAGAGAUUCGCGUAAGGCUUUCCAACGGGACGAAAUGAUAGGUUGCGCAAAGUGUAGCAGACACUCGACAGUGAUUCUAAGGUGAUAAAAUUGUAUAUUUGCAGUCGCGUUUCGCGCCUACAAGAGUUUCAUCGACCGGUGUAAAUAUGUGCUUAUAUCUUUUGUUAGUAUGAAUGUUUAAAUAAGAAAAAUUAGCCCGAAUUCUUGUCAAGCACGCGCGAGGAACGAAAUUCUAAUUGCAAUAAUGUCAGGCGAAACGGAAAUCGAAGUGUCGGUAGUGUCGGAGGAGGACCUCGACCUGGAAAACUCGCGAAGUAGCCCAACGCCGGAUGCCAAAUCGACCAAAUCGAAUUCGUUUAGCUUCGAAGUGAGCAAAGCAACGUUACGGCCGGCAUGCAAUCCACAGUACACGUCGUUCAGUAUCUCGAGUAUAUUGGGUCGUACGGAAUCGCCACCGUCGGAUUCGGCAUCCGCCGAGCGUGCAUCGCCACCGCCGCCCUUAACACUUGGCAAUCAUCACUCGAGAAUAUUAGCGGCUAAGAGUGAAGCUGCCAUUGCUGCUAAUAAUGCAACUAGUCCACUUACUGCUGCGAGCUUUGCCGCUGCGAGCGAAGCUAGCAAUGCACUUAUUGGACAUCAAGCAUCUGCUGAUCUUACUAUGUUGUCUAGAUUGGGUUUGAUGUCGUCGCUGAUUGCUUCACGUUACCCAGUUGGUAUCGGGGUUGGUAGCGUAUUUUUCCCGUCGUCGUUACAACAUCUUCAUCAUUCGCGAUUACCGUCGGCAGCAGCAACGAGUGCAGCUCAUGCAGCUGACAUGGCCGAGGCAGCAGCUGCUGCGGCAGCCGACGGCAUUAGAACAGUACCAACGGGUUGGUCAUUUCCAUGGGCGAGCAGGCCGCCUCAUGGACUCGAACAUCCGUCGGCGAGUGAACCGCCUGGAUCGUUUAACAGAAUAAGCCCUACAUCCACGUCGUAUCCACAGAGAGAAGAUCUCGAUGAUGACGCAACGAACGAAGCCGAUCGAGUCCGUCGUUCACGUAGUCCAUUAAGUGGUGACGAUGGCUCACACGACGAACUCGGUGACGUUGACGACGGUCCAGACAAUGAUCAAGAUGGUGAUAAUCCAUCGAGGCUUCACAGUGGCGGUAGCAGUAGCAAUGGCACCGGUCCGUCGUCCAAUCAAGCAAAUGCCGAUUCAAACAGCAUCAAACGCAAGAAGAAGACUCGUACUGUUUUUUCAAGGACGCAGGUCUUUCAGCUCGAGAGCACAUUCGAUAUGAAACGUUACUUAUCAUCGUCCGAGAGAGCUGCUUUAGCUACGUCACUCAGGUUGACUGAAACGCAGGUAAAAAUUUGGUUCCAAAAUCGUCGAAACAAGUGGAAACGGCAGCUCGCGGCUGAAAUCGAGACAAACAGCAUAGUACACGCUCAGCGCCUCGUGCGUGUACCAAUUCUCUAUCACGAGGCAUCAGUACCAUCGAGUAUGCCAGCUGGUGGACCGCCACCACCCUCGGUAUCCGUAACAUCGGCUUCGGGUCUUCCACAUCCAGUACCGGUUGGCGGUUCUACGACGGCUCAACCGAUCUUUUACUCAGCACAUCAUCACCCACAUCAUCCACAUCCGGUUCAUGGUCUAAUGGUACAUCCACAACCGCCGCCACCGCCGCCGCCGCCGCCCAACAGUCAGCCUGUUGCCACGUCCUCGCAAUAACGCGACGAGAGGUUCAGAAUCAAGA